AUGGAGGAAGAGACAGAUCCAAUUGACCGCACGAGGUGGCCCAAUAUCUCAACACGGCUACAAAAUCUCCGAAAUCUUCUCAGUUCCGAGCGUCAUCUAGGCGCCGACCAGCAACGGGCGUUUGAGGCAAUUGAUCGAGAGAUGGACCAAAUGGAGGCCGACCGGUCUGCUGCACGAGAACGACGAAGGAGGGGGAACAGCGAGACCAAUGCACAAGAUCAAGAUACCCAAUCCGCAUCAGAGGGGCCUUCGCAGUCAAGUAUGCCCGCCAACCCCAGCCGAACCAGAAGAAGGGCGCUCCGACCUAGUGAACGUCUACAAAGAGAUCAAAGAGAAAGACUUGGCCAAAUCGGUAGACCAACCACUUCGGAGUUGUUUGUCGCUCCCUCAGACCUAUCCUCUGCAGCCUCUGCUCGGCCUGACCGAGGAGAACGGUCGAGGGCGAAGCGGAGAAAGUUGGCUAAUGGAUCCUACGAAGAGGAGCCCAGAACCUUUAGCUAUGGUCACAAGGGCCAAGUGGUACCGGGCCAACUUCGACUGGACAUUGUCAGUUGUGAUGGCGGAGAAUACUCCGACCCGCAUAUCCCGAUCAAUUCCUAUCCUCAGAAUGUCCUCCUGGAUGAUACCAGCGUCUAUUGCACCAAGUCCAACCGAUGCAACCUGUUGUUGAAACAUGUUGGAGGAAUGCCGUUUACCCUGACCCAAAUCGUCGUCAAGGCUCCCAGAGCUGGGUACGAUGCUCCCAUCCAAGAAGGAAUGAUAUUUGUGGCGAUGGAGGACGACAAUCUUCUGGAAAGCACUUCUCAAUACGAAGUACACUGGUCUCCAAAGAGCCAUCGUCGUCACAGGGCCAGACCUCGUAGUCUACCCCCGUCGCAGGAGUACUUACAUUCGACAAGAUCACCCCACCGAUCGAGCGAUCGGUCAAGGCUGCUGUCCAAUCCGGAAGAUCUGGAGGACGAAGAUGGCCUUGAAAUUUCUCUAGUUCCCGGAUUCAAUGUCUCGGUUGAAGAUCCCUCGGACGAGGAGGCCAACGAACGAGAGAGCCCACCUUCGCCUCGACCAUGGCACGAUGAUGACGAUUCUCUCAGACCAUAUGUUGACCGCUACCGCCCUAUGUAUCCAGAGGGCGAGCGAAAUGAUCUAUGGUCAAGUUCAAGCGAGUCCGAAGGCUAUGAACCCGACACCAUGCGUCCGGAAGCGGAGGACCGCGUCCAACAACGAGCACUACUUGAUAUGGAUAAUACAAUGGCUCACCGGAACCGGAUGCUGGAUCUUUUGCGUGCACAGCAGAUCCGGGACAACGAUGAGGUUUUCGGGUAUCGAGUUCGUCAAGCUGAGUCUGAUGAGGAGGACGGCACAUUCAACCGUCGUUCUACUCCCAGCCGAAUCGGACUGCGUACCUUCGCACCUGCUGUUGGAGGGGCCCACCAAGCUGGUCGGUCUGAAGAGCACGCCAAUACUUUGAUGGAUCUUAGUGGUACGACAUCCAAACAGCAAGCUGUCGAGGCUGGUGCAAGCUCGUCUGUAAGACCUGCUGUUACAACCCCACAUGCAAGGUUCUUCAUCAGUCAGAGCAAGUCAAGCACCGCCAUCAAGUUUGACCCUCCAGUCUCAGGACGGUAUAUUCUCGUGAAACUUUGGGCGCAGUUGUCCAACGCCAACAUCGACAUUCAGUCCAUACUUGCAUAUGGAUAUGGUGGUCCGCGGUUCUUUCCAAGCACGGAGUUACGUUAA